AUGACUGUCUCAAAGAUUUUCGACGAUGCUUGUAGCUCGAGGAAUGCUAAGAGUGUCCCAGGGAGUGAGUUUGGUUCCAGAUUCCGGAUCCCUCAUUGCAUUCUCAAGAAUGGAGGCAUGGAGUGGGCCGAGCGGGAUCGGGCUUACCUUGCGGCCCGGCUUCCCUUCAGAAGGGCCAGCCACUCAAUCUUGACCACCUCCACCCUCGGAAAACACCCCGAGGAUCAUGGUGAAUUCCUCGGGACACCAGAAUUUACCCAGUUGCCAGGGUCCUGGUGUUUCGAUGGUGUCAAAUCAAUCCAUCAGUGUGAGUUCCACUGGGAGAACAGCGCAUCUCAGAUGGAAAACAUCCAGUACCUGGAAGGCCUUAAGCAACAAAGACACCUUUUCACUGUCACCGAAUUUGGCUCCUUAAACAGUAAACUUUCUAAGGACGCCCAGAUUGGCGGUUGGAAUUGGGUGACACUGGAGCAUGAAGAUUCGCGCCAAAUUGAACGCCCACAAUGCCUGUUGAGUAUCGGUUGUGGCCGUGAGACGUGGAGAGGCCUCAGAAACACACUGAGUGUCCCGAGUAGUUUCACCAGCAUUAGCUACGGGCGGGAGAAUCUCAGCCUCAGCGAGGUUUCCGAAAGAGGGCCAGGUCACCGGCUCAUUGUGACCCAGCUUCGUCGGAUGGGACAUGCGAAUAGAACGGAUGAUAAUAGGUUACCUAAGCAGCUGCAGUCCCGUGAACUGAAAGAGGUCACCGGCGAGCAGAAAGGGCAGAACAGACGCUUUCAAAACCUAGCGAAUCGAGCGACGCGAUAUGACGGUGGACGUCUGGGAGAGAGCUGCCUGUUUAACGUGCGGAAGACUUUAACAGUUUCUAUAGCAGAAAUGAGAAAAGUUCAGCUGGGCUGCCCCGCCCGGCCGGUGCCCAGCGCCAGCCGGGCCCCGGUGCCCCCGACCGUCCCGCUGCCGCCCACCGGCCCGGUGGCCCCGACCGGCCCGGCGGCCCCGCCGCCCUGGCCCCGGGGCCGCCUGCCCGCCCACCUGAAGCCCCUCCACUACAACCUGAUGCUGGCCGUCUUCAUGGACAACUUCACCUUCUCCGGGGAGGUGAACGUGGAGGUGGCCUGCCGGAGCGCCACCCGCCACAUCGUGCUGCACGCCUCGCGGGUGGCCGUGGAGCGCGUCCAGGUGGCCGAGGACCGGCGGGCGGGGGCGGUGCCCGUGGCCGGACACUUCGUCCAGCCCCGGAGCCAGGUGCUGGUGGUGGCCCUCAACCGGACCCUGGAGCCCCGCCGCAAUUACAACCUCAAGAUCGUCUACCGGGCGCCCAUCGAGAACGAGCUCCUCGGCUUCUUUCGCAGCUCCUACGUCUUCCACGGGGAGAGGAGGUUCCUUGGUGUUACCCAGUUCUCUCCUACACACGCCAGAAAGGCCUUACCUUGCUUUGACGAGCCCAUCUACAAAGCGACUUUCAAAAUCAGCAUCAAGCAUCAAGCGACCUAUCUAUCUUUAUCCAAUAUGCCAGUGGAAACGUCCGUCAUAGAGGAAGACGGAUGGGUUACGGAUCACUUUUCUCAAACCCCGCUCAUGUCCACAUAUUACUUAGCCUGGGCUGUGUGCAACUUCACGUUCCGAGAGACUACCACGAAGAGCGGAGUUAUAGUACGAUUAUAUGCGAGACCCGACGCAGUGAGAAGAGGAUCUGGGGAUUACGCUCUUCACAUAACAAAGAGGCUUAUAGAGUUUUAUGAAGAUUACUUUCAAGUGCCCUAUUCCCUGCCCAAACUAGAUCUGUUAGCUGUGCCUAAACACCCAUAUGCUGCUAUGGAGAACUGGGGACUAAGUGUUUUUGUGGAGCAGAGGAUACUACUAGACCCCAGUGUUUCUUCUAUUUCUUAUUUACUGGACGUCACGAUGGUCAUCGUUCAUGAGAUAUGCCAUCAGUGGUUUGGCGACCUUGUGACUCCAGUUUGGUGGGAAGAUGUGUGGCUGAAAGAAGGCUUCGCACACUACUUUGAAUUUAUUGGGACAGACUACCUCUACCCAGGCUGGAAUAUGGAAAAGCAGAGAUUUCUGACAGAAGUCUUACAUGAAGUGAUGGUACUCGACGGUUUGGCCAGUUCACAUCCAGUAUCACAGGAAGUUCUACAGGCGACGGACAUCGACCGGGUGUUUGACUGGAUCGCUUAUAAAAAGGGUGCAGCUUUAAUUAGGAUGGUUGCCAAUUUUAUGGGCCAUUCCCUGUUUCAGCGGGGCUUACAAGACUAUUUAACCAUCCACAAAUAUGGUAAUGCCGCCAGGAAUGAUCUUUGGAAUACACUUUCGGAGGCUUUAAGAAGGAAUGGAAAAUAUGUAAAUAUCCAAGAAGUAAUGGAUCAGUGGACACUCCAGAUGGGCUAUCCUGUUGUCACCAUCUUGGGAAAUGAAACAGCAGAUAAUAUCAUAACAAUUACCCAACAACACUUUAUCUAUGACAUCAGUGCUAAAAUCAAGGAUCCUGAACUUGGAAACAACAGCUACCUGUGGCAGAUUCCAUUAACAAUUGCAGUAGGAAAUGCAACUCACAUCUCAUCAGAAACGAUUAUAUGGGUGUCUAACAGAUCAGAACAUCACAUAAUUUCUUCUCUGAACGAAGGAAACUGGUUACUGGGGAACAUUAAUCAAACUGGCUACUUUAGGGUCAACUAUGACCUAAGAAAUUGGAGAUUAUUAAUUAACCAGCUAAUAAGGAACCACGAGGUUCUCUCCAUCAGUAACCGAGCGGGUUUGAUCGAUGAUGCCUUCAAUCUCGCCAGAGCUGGCUACUUGCCUCAGAAUAUUCCUCUGGAGAUUAUCAGAUACCUUUCUGAGGAGAAGGAUUUUCUUCCUUGGCAUGCUGCCAGUCGAGCCCUUUAUCCUCUAGAUAAAUUACUGGAUCGCACGGAGAACUACAAUGUCUUCAAUGAAUAUAUCUUAAAGCAAGUUGCGUCAAUGUACAUCAAACUUGGAUGGCCGACAAACCAUUUAAAUGGAUCCCUUGUUCAGGCAUCCUACCAACAUGAAGAGUUACGCAGAGAAGUCAUCAUGCUGGCCUGUAGCUUUGGUAACAAGCACUGUCAUCAACAGGCUUCAACUUUCAUCUCUGACUGGAUUUCCAGCAACAGGAACAGAAUUCCACUAAAUGUCAGAGACAUCGUCUACUGUACCGGAGUUUCUCUCCUGGAUGAAGAUGUGUGGGAGUUCAUUUGGAUGAAAUUUCAUUCAACCACAGCAGUAUCUGAGAAGAAAAUAUUAUUGGAGGCCUUAACUUGCAGUGAUGAUAGAAAUUUGUUAAAUAGACUUCUGAAUCUGUCGCUGAACUCUGAGGUGGUGUUGGAUCAAGAUGCAAUCGACGUCAUAAUCCACGUAGCUCGAAAUCCACAUGGCAGGGAUCUUGCCUGGAAGUUUUUCAGGGAGAAAUGGAAGAUAUUAAAUACCAGAUAUGGAGAAGCAUUAUUUAUGAAUUCCAAACUUAUCAGUGGAGUUACGGAAUUUCUUAAUACUGAAGAUGAACUCAGUGAGGAAGAGCAUUGGUCAACCCCACUGGUGAAGAAGGGAAAGGGAUGUCACGCUGCCAGCAGGACAUGCUCUGGAGUUAUUUUUGCCAUAGGGGUAACAGCUUGUGCUGAGCCAUCCACAGUUUCUCAGCCUUUUUCACCUAUAACUGCACUGAUUUUGAGAUGCCUAAUAAAGAGAACAGUUGCCAUCUGUGAUCACAGAACAGAAUAUCUCUGACACCUGAACAGUUUUUGAAAUGAAUGUACAUUGCAGAACCAGAUCUCCAAAUUUGCAAAAUAAAUUCUCAGUACUGUGGGAUAA